UUGUUGAUUGGACUUGUGAUGUGAAUUCCUUGGAUCUAUCUCACAGAUAUCUUCUUAUUGUAGGAUUUCAAUCCAAUAUUGUGACAGCCACAAAAUGAGGAUUCAUAAUCUCCAGUCUUCUUCAAAUUCUUGGCAUGCUACUGUUUCUGCGAAUGGCCUUCCUGCACAUAGUCAGACGUCACAUUCUGCUUUGCAUGGUGUGAAGAAGCAGAGAUUUAUUACGGUUGUGCCGUCAAAGUUAUCAAGGUCUGGACUAUCCAUCCGAUGUUCUGUUCAUUUCCGACCUUGUAUUGAUAUACACAAGGGCACGGUGAAACAAAUUGUUGGGUCUACACUCCAGGAUUCAAAAGAUGAGGGCUCAACACUCAUAACUAACUUUGAAUCAGAUAAAUCAGCUGCAGAGUUUGCAAAUAUGUAUAAAGAAGAUGGACUGAAAGGCGGUCAUGUGAUAAUGCUCGGUGCAGAUUCGUUAAGUAGGUCUGCAGCUAUUAAGGCCUUAAAUUCCUAUCCUGGUGGUUUGCAAGUUGGAGGUGGGAUCACGUCAGAAAAUGCUUCCAGUUAUCUAGAGGAGGGGGCCAGCCAUGUCAUUGUUACAUCGUAUGUUUUUAACAAUGGGCAAAUGGACAUUGAAAGGCUCAAAUAUCUUGUUAGCGUUGUUGGAAAGCAGAGGCUUGUGUUGGAUCUAAGCUGCAGAAAAAAGGAUGGUAAAUAUGCAAUUGUCACUGAUAGAUGGCAGAAGUUCAGCGAUGUAUAUCUUGAUGAGAAAACUUUAGAAUUCCUUGCUGCCUAUGCUGAUGAGUUUCUUGUUCAUGGGGUUGAUGUUGAAGGGAAAAAGCUAGGAAUUGAUGAAGAACUCGUGGCCUUACUUGGCCAGCACUCACCGAUUCCAGUGACUUAUGCUGGUGGUGUUAUAACAAUGGAUGAUUUAGAAAGGAUAAAGGUGGCUGGGAUGGGACGAGUAGAUGUUACUGUGGGGAGUGCCUUGGAUAUUUUUGGUGGCAACUUGGCUUACAAAGACGUCAUUGCUUGGCACAAAGAGCAGGAGGCCUUCACAGUUUAGGGGCUUACAAAGAUGUCAUUGCUCACCAGCCAUGAGAAGAAGAGGUUUUUAUUCUUGGAACAUCUUUGGAUGUGUCCAGGGGCACAGCUCCAUUUCAAAUGUGUGCGAAUGCACUUGAU